AGCCUGCUGCUCCUACCUCUUUACUUUGAUCGGAUGAAGCUCAAACUGUUCUAUUCUUAUUAGCCGUGAACUUGGUGCUUCUAGUCCCCGCCGAUCGCCGUGGCUAGAACCAGAUGCGCUUGCUUGCUAGCUUUUGCUGAUACUCAAUUUCCUUCUUGUUACUACAUACGCUCGGCUCAAAUGCGUAGCUGAGGCGCGCUGGAGUCCUUUACCCCCACCCCAAACAUCAAUCACUUGGCAAUCGCAUGGUGGUAAAUUCACAGCCGUGAAAACACCAGCCACAUACUAGCAUGAGACAUGACACAUUUGACUAAGAUUCCCAGCACCAUGGCUGCCAAAAACUCCAAAGGGCAAUGUAACUUGCUGCUAUUUUCACAUGCAACAAAGCGAGAGACGCACAUGCGGCUCUUAAAUGCCCAGUAGGAGUACAGCAGUACCAACUGAAGUAGGAGUAGAGGUUGUCGAGUAGCUAGGCCAAGCACAUUACUACUAGUAUUAUUUCAUGCAGCCGCGCAGGGAAAAGAAAACGCAAAAAUAAAAACAUAUGGGCGAUGUGCCUCGGCAAGUGUGAUAUCCUCGGAGAUCUAGCCACUGCUCUGAGACGAUGGCAGGGUUGCUGCACACACCCAUGCACGCAGAGGAGUCAGGAAACCUCGGCUCGGUAGCGCUGACACGAGCUAUGCGGUGAUCCACGGUGUGAGCGUUAAGACUCUUCUUUUCUCGUCGUCAAGAGUAUAUAGUACAUACCAUAUGCAUGGAUGCAUUUCUGUCCUCUUUCGAUCUUCAUCUCUAGGAAAUGGUGGAGUUCAUCUCUAGGCAUCAGGUAAUGGUUGAGUUCCCGGGUGUUUGACCUCGAGUGCUCAUGCUUGCGUAGCCUCGCCUAUUUCCUAUGCCGCCAACGCCUAGCAGAAUCUUUCCGUCUCUUUCAUGAUGGCAAUAGGCCAACGCGUAUAUACACGGAUAUACUCUACCCCCAGACGAUUUAAUUCUUGAGAUGAAACUUUUAUAACUAGUAUGCCUUUUCCCAAAGGAAAUAGUAUAGAUGUGUGUGCGCAUUGCUUUCAGACAAACCACACCCAUAAAAAUAGGAUACCCUGAACUGAAGGAGCUUGUUUGGAGUAGGUGCCAAAUAUCCAGUCCAUUGCUGAGAUCACAAGACUUUCGGACGGCGUAGCUUUUGCCGCUUCCUAAUCAUGCCACCCUUUUGGUAGAUUAUGCCCUAAUAAACGCUAAAUAGUGGAGUAGUAAAAUAGAAGACUUGUCCCCGUUCAUGUAUGUCCUGGUAGUAGUAUGCACAGGAUUGUAGAGUUUGAUGAUGGAGAUGGUUUCUUUCUUUCAACACAGAAAGCUACUGACGGCUUCAAACUUAAAAUUAAAAAUACAGACAGGGGCCCGUGGACCAAAGCUUAACCACCUAUGGAAUGUACAUUAAACAUGAACGAAGCGUGCAAACUUGGUCGUGCCAAUAAUCAUCUACUACCUGAAUGCAAUAAUUCGGGGACAAGGGCACAGCAGGGUUUUGCUCUGCACCAUAUUUAAUUGUCGCCUGAUGCGCACCACAGUGGGAUUGAUGGCGACCCUGAUCAGUUUGGUUACAUAGUACUGCACGUGCUUUUUUUUAGCGAGAAGUACUGUACGUGCUUAUCAUAAUAUCGUCUUGUAGUAAUGCUUUAGGUGUACUUAGAGGUUGCUGUUACUGCUGCUUGGUUAAUGAUGUUUUGGGUGCUCAAUCAAUCAUGUAUGUAGAGACAAAUCACAACAUAGUAUCAGAUAUUGAUAUUCAGAUUCCUCCUGGUCCGACAUGUUCCAUCCAAGCCACUCAGACACGUAGUACGGUGUACCACCUCCAGCUCAACCUCGUCGUCCAAUAAUGAAACAGAGGAGGGAGAAAAGAAAAGAACAUAAUCGUGGUCUAGCGGAAACAAAGCGUGAAAGAAGCCUAGGGCAUUAUUUGGACCCGUCUUUAUCAUCAUCUGGUGUACUUGUCACAAACAAAGCAACCUAUCCAAUCCACCACCCAAAGGGAAGGACCCCAUGCCUUUGAAUGGCUCGUAUCUGUGCCAAGCAAGUAAACGUACCUAAAGGCCGGCAGUUACUGCGGCCCGGCCCGGCCCGGGCCCCCCACACGCGAAGCUGCAGGCGGGCAGGCAGGAAUCGGGCAAGAGAUCCAUGGCGCGUACGCCGCUGAUGCCUGCUACAGUUUCCGGCUGUACCCGUCCGACGUGUCUGCACAGUAGCCAGACCGGAUUGUAAAGCCCCACUGCACGCACCCACCGCAGCUACUCCUACGUCCCCGCGCAAAAGCGAAAGGCACGCCACGCCACGCCACCACAGGGAGGGAGGGAAUUCUCCUCAUUUUGAAACUCAGCAGGCAGUUUUUUUGUCGCUGCUUGAUCAUGGAGUUUAGGAGAUUUAUUAGCGCCAUAGUAUAAGCACGCAUAUCUUACCGCUAUGAGCAUCUGCGUGAGACUGAGCCGACGUAUCAUCUUAAAUUUUGACGGUAUUGCCUGGCCAUCUGGCAUCUGCCAAACUUUCGUUUCUAUUUCAGGCGGACGCAUUUACUGGCAUGUGUCCGUGUCCAGAGGCUUAAUUUACAGCAUGUGCCUGUCUACAUUGCCAGUUUGCUCGGCACUGUGCUCAAUCGCCUUUUUAUUUCUUCCCAAACACCGCUCUCGCGCAAAAACGCCCCGUUUCAGUUGCCACAAGUAUUACUUUCGUCGUGAUGCCAUGACCAUGUCGGCCAUUUCCUCGGCUCCCGUCGCCUUGCUCACCUCUCACAAUGGACAGGCGGCAUGAGGCGUUGACCUGUCGGAGCGGCCGGGGGCGCUGUGCUGGCUCGAUGUCGCGGCGCCACGGACGGUUCCACCACGACGGCGACCAAGGCGCUGGGCCGGCCGCGGCGCCCGCCGUGGUCGACCACGCGGACUGCACUGCGCAGUCGUGCCGGUCGUGCGUGGCGGUGUCGCUGGCGGACUGCAUCGCGCUGGGCUGCUGCCCGUGCGCGGUGGUGAGCCUGCUGGGGCUGGCGCUCGUCAAGGCCCCGCUCGCCGUAGGCCGCCGCUGCGUGCAGCGGCUGCGCCGGCGGCAUGGAAAGCUGCAACACAAGAAGCGCGUGCGCGACAUGGACCUUGCGGGCGGUCGCCCUAGCCCUAGCGCUGCUGGCGCCAAGUGUGCGGGCGGGGGCGGCCACCGGGAGCCUGGUCCCGGCGAGGCCGCGUCAAAAGGCGAGGACGACGUGGCGACGGCGGCGUAUCAGGGCGCGGCUGCGAGCGAGGAGGAAAGGGUGUGGCUGGAGAUGUACCAGGUGGGGCAGUGGGGGUUCGGCCGCUUGUCCUUCUCCGUGAACCCGCCUCCGAGGGCCGGCCCCAACGCCGACGGCGACGGCUGCGAAAGCGACGUGUGAGAUGGCCAAACCGCCCGCCCGCCGAUGCUUCGCUGCUUUUCCGUACGGUCUGUCCCUGUCGCUGAUGCACGGACGGCGCGCCGGCGACAAGUCAGAAUUCCGUCGUGCUGGCCGGCCGGCAUUCGCAUUUCUCUGGCCAAAAGCCAAGGGGGAGCAGAGCACCGAGAAAUACUUCCAUGGCUCGCUGAUGUCCAGCAGAUGAUCCAACGCAAAAUUCGUUGGGGAUGAUUAGGAGAAGCGGCAGCAUGGUGUCCUGGUCGACUGCACAAUGGUGAGCCUCCAACUAGAAGAGCUCAGUGCACAAUGGUGAGCCGGGCAGGCCGUCGGCUCCUAGAGUGUUCAUUCUUUCUUCUGUGUCUAUGGGUUUGGGGAGCUCGAUUUGUACUUAUGAAUUGUACAUAAUUUGUGCCUUCGAGGUCUCUAGAUUUGGGAAUCCCCUCCCUGUAUAUACUUCCGGGAAAAAUUAACAGUUCUGGUUCGUACUACUAUGUGGGAUUGCCAUUACGCGUUUCACCGUGAAAUGUGGUUGUUAUGGCAAGGCAACAUUUGACAAAAUCAGUUCUGUUGAAGGUUCGAAAUAAAAUCAGUUCCAUUCCAUUA